GCCUGGGUUGGGGGGGACUGACUCUCCCCUCUCCUCCCCCUUGUUCCUCUCAGAGCUGGCAGCCUUCAUCCUCUUCCCCCAGCCCUGGCUGUCUCGGCCCCAUGCCCCCGCCAGUCAGCUCCGGGCCACAGGCAGUGAGGAGGCACGUGGGAGCCAAGGUCCUGUGACCAGGCCAAGGAGACGGAAGCUCCAGGGUCCCAGCCACCUGCCCCCCCAUGGAGCUGAGGCCCUGGUUGCUAUGGGUGGUAGCAGCAGCAGGAGCCUUGGUCCUGCUGACAGCUGAUGCCCGUGACCAGAAGGUCUUCACCAACACAUGGGCUGUGCACAUCCCCGGAGGCCUGGCAGUGGCUGAUAGUGUGGCACGAAAGCAUGGGUUCCUCAACCUAGGCCAGAUCUUCGGCGACUAUUACCACUUCUGGCAUCGAGCAGUGACAAAGCGGUCCCUGUCGCCUCACCGCCCGCGGCACAGACGGCUGCAGAGAGAGCCUCAAGUACAGUGGCUGGAGCAGCAGGUGGCAAAGCAACGGACCAAACGGGACGUGUACCAGGAGCCCACAGAUCCCAAGUUUCCCCAGCAAUGGUACCUGUCUGGCAUCGCGCAGCGAGACCUGAAUGUGAAGGAGGCCUGGGCCCAGGGCUACACAGGGCACGGCAUUGUGGUCUCCAUUCUGGAUGAUGGCAUUGAGAAGAACCACCCAGACUUGGCAGGCAAUUAUGAUCCUGGGGCCAGUUUUGAUGUCAAUGACCAGGACCCUGACCCCCAACCUCGGUACACGCAGAUGAAUGACAACAGGCAUGGCACACGGUGUGCGGGUGAAGUGGCUGCGGUGGCCAACAAUGGUGUCUGUGGUGUAGGCGUGGCCUACAAUGCCCGCAUUGGAGGGGUGCGCAUGCUGGAUGGUGAGGUGACAGAUGCAGUGGAAGCACGCUCGCUGGGCCUGAAUCCCAACCACAUCCACAUCUACAGUGCCAGCUGGGGCCCCGAGGACGACGGCAAGACGGUGGACGGGCCAGCCCGCCUUGCCGAAGAGGCUUUCUUCCGGGGUGUCAGCCAGGGCCGAGGGGGGCUGGGUUCCAUAUUUGUCUGGGCCUCAGGGAACGGGGGCCGGGAACAUGACAGCUGCAACUGCGACGGCUACACCAACAGCAUCUAUACGCUGUCCAUCAGCAGCGCCACGCAGUUCGGCAAUGUGCCCUGGUACAGCGAGGCCUGCUCAUCCACACUGGCCACGACCUACAGCAGUGGCAACCAGAACGAGAAGCAGAUUGUGACCACUGACUUGCGGCAGAAAUGCACAGAGUCUCACACGGGCACCUCAGCCUCUGCCCCCCUGGCAGCCGGCAUCAUCGCUCUCACCCUGGAGGCCAAUAAGAACCUCACCUGGCGGGACAUGCAGCACCUGGUGGUACAGACCUCAAAGCCAGCCCACCUCAAUGCUAACGAUUGGGCCACCAAUGGUGUGGGCCGGAAAGUGAGCCACUCAUACGGCUAUGGGCUGUUGGACGCAGGUGCCAUGGUGGCCUUGGCCCAGAACUGGACAACAGUGGCCCCCCAGAGGAAGUGCAUCAUCGACAUCCUCACUGACCCCAAGGACAUUGGGAAACGGCUAGAGGUGCGGAAGACUGUGACCGCGUGCCUGGGCGAGCCCAACCACAUCACCCGUCUGGAGCAUGCUCAGGCACGGCUCACCCUGUCCUACAAUCGCCGUGGUGACCUGGCCAUCCACCUAGUCAGCCCCUUGGGCACCCGCUCCACCCUGCUGGCUGCCAGGCCUCACGACUAUUCUGCAGAUGGAUUUAAUGAUUGGGCUUUCAUGACAACCCAUUCCUGGGAUGAGGACCCCUCUGGCGAGUGGGUCCUGGAGAUUGAAAACACCAGCGAAGCCAACAACUAUGGGACGCUGACCAAGUUCACCCUCGUACUAUAUGGCACAGCCUCUGAGGGGCUACCCACACCUCCCGAGAGCAGUGGCUGCAAGACCCCCACGUCCAGCCAGGCCUGUGUGGUAUGUGAGGAAGGCUUCUCCCUGCACCAGAAGAGCUGUGUCCAGCGCUGCCCUCCAGGCUUCGCUCCCCAAGUCCUUGAUACACACUAUAACACUGAGAAUGACGUGGAGACCAUCCAGGCCAGCAUCUGUACCCCCUGCCACGCCUCAUGUGCCACAUGUCAGGGGCCAGCCCCCACAGACUGCCUCAGCUGCCCCAGCCACGCCUCCCUGGACCCUGUGGAGCAGACAUGCUCCCGGCAAAGCCAGAGCAGCCGCGAGUCCCCACCACAGCAGCCACAACCCCGGCCGCCCCUGGAAGUGGAGACGGAGCCACGGCCACGGGCAGGGCUGCUGCCCUCGCACCUGCCUGAGGUGGUGGCUGGCCUCAGCUGCGCCUUCAUUGUGUUGGUCUUCGUCACUGUCUUCCUGGUCCUGCAGCUGCGCUCGGGCUUCAGCUUCCGGGGGGUGAAGGUGUACACCAUGGACCGGGGCCUCAUCUCCUACAAGGGGCUGCCCCCUGAAGCCUGGCAGGAGGAGUGUCCGUCCGACUCAGAAGAGGAUGAGGGCAGGGGCGAGAGGACCGCCUUUAUCAAAGACCAGAGCGCCCUUUGACGAGCCCACUGCCUGCCCCCUCAAGCUGAUCCCCUCCUUGGGCACUUUUUAAUUCACCAAAGUAUUUUUUUAUCUUGGGAUGGGGCUUGGACCCCAGCUGGUAGUCCAGAGGGUCAGAGACUGCUUCCCACCCACCUGCGGCCCACCUGGCUGCCUAAGGUGGGCCCCAGGACCAGCUGGGGGCCAGGGGAGGGCCUCACCCCACCCAGAGUGCCCCUUCCAUGUGGAGAAAGGAGUGAAACCUUUAGGAUAACUUGCCCAGGCCCCAGCCGGAGUUCCUGCCGAGGGAAGCAAGGCAGCCCUUCCUUUUUAGGAUUCCUGACCCAGGCUGCAGCUCUUGCCCCCCUUCCCUGUCCCUCUAAAGCAAUAAUGGUCCCCAUCCAGGCAGCAGGGAGGCUGGCCUAGGAGGUAUUCGAAAGAGGCAGCCACCUCUCCAAGGGCUUUUCCAUCCUCAACCCUGUCCCCCAUCUCUGAUGAGCCUCGGCAGAAGUGAUCAUAGGAAGGGACCAAGGCAAGGCAGGUGCUUCAGGGUGUGCGUGUGCGUGUCCCUUUGCCUGCCUCUGCCCAGUGCCUCCACCACAGAUGGCUGCCAGGCCGAGUGAGGCUGGUAUGGGCCAAGGCUGAAGCCCUGCUGAGCCCCAUGCUGGUGUCCUGACCACCUUCCGUUCUGGUCCCCUCCCCUCCCACCAGGGCCCAAGUCCCUGUUUUCUGAGCCCGGGGCUUCCUGGGCUGUUGGCACUCACAGUCCUGGAGCCCCUGGGUGGGUGGUGGGGAGGGACGGUGGCCCAGCCGGCCUCUCCCGCCUCCUACCCAAUGCUGCUUUCCCCUGUGGGGAUCUCAGGGGCUGUUUGAGGAUAUAUUUUCACUUUGUGAUUAUUUCACUUUAGAUGUUUUUUUUUUCUUUUUUUUGUAUUUUUAACGGGGGUAGCAGCUGGACCACCCACCGUCUCAUACCCACCGUCCACCCUGCUCUUCCCCUGGCUGCCCUGGCCCUGAGCUGUAAGGGCUGCAGCAUGUUGCUGAGGAGUGAGGAGGAGCUCAGCCCCGAGUCCAAAAGUGGCAGGCUAGCCAGGUGGGCUCUAGGAAAGGGGGUCACGGUGGGAGGGGCAGGCUGACAUCUGUGUUUGAAAUGGGGCUUGUGCCAAGGGCUCAUGGGUCACUGGCUCUCCAAGUGCCAGGGGUGGGUGGGGGUGGCACCGAGCCCCUCCAACACUGUGCCCUGGUGGAGAAAGCACUGACCUGUCAUGCCCCCGAAACCCCCUCUUCUGAUGUGCCUUUUGCACCCCUCCCAUUAGGACAAUCAGUCCCCUCCCAUCUGGGAGCCCCCCUUUCUUUCUCUCCCCUAGCCGUUCCUGGUACCCAGCCACCUGCCCAGGGACGACCCCUCCUCUCCCAUCUCCCCCACCCUCGUGGCCAGCCCAGCUGGUUUUGUAAGAUACUGGGUUGGUGCACAGUGAUUUUUUUUUCUUGUAAUUUAAACAAGCCCAGCAUUGUUGGUUCUAUUUAAUGGACACGAGAUAAUGUUAGAGGUUUUAAAGUGAUUAAACGUGCCGACUAUGCAAACCAGG